AUGUUCUGCAGCCAUGCGUUCAACAGAAAGGACGUGCUCCGCCGCCAUGAGCGAACCUGCAAAUCUCGGGAGCGACUUCACGAUACAAGCUUUGAGAACGAGCUAGAUGACAGAGACACUAAACGUCCGCGAUGUUCUCAAUAUGCUCUUGGUCAGGCACAGGCCUCGACAGUUGAUUCUGCUUCACAGAUGCAUGGACUUCGAGACUAUGAUUAUGGCCUAUUUGACGAUAUGAUAGGCCUGUCCGGCGGUCCCUCCGCCAAUGAGCCUUCACCUCUGGAUUUCUCAGCCUUGGACUUCCUUUUGUUCCCCCGGAUCACCUCGGAUACUCUCCCAGCUGAGAAACUGGAAUAUAUGGCAUACUUCACAAGUGCAAGAGGAUUAUCUACUUUUACCGACCGUCCGUCCUUUCUUCGACGGCAAAACAUGGUGGCCGAAGCCUACGAUGCAAAGCUGCUAAACGAGGAGGGGAAUGCACUACCAACUCAGUCCACUUUCUAUCAGGGUAAUUCCGGAGUCCCUACCAACGCCGACGGAGAUGAACUUGCUUUGAAAUCGCGUGAAAUUGUCGACAGUCUCCAAUCAAUAUCCUCCAACAGACAUAAAGACGAUUCUAUUACUAUGAAAUGGUCACCGGCCGUAUCAGCAAGGUGUUCAACCUUUUUCUCCCCAGGAAAUAUCCAUCGCUUUUUGGAAUACUUCUGGUCGUUGUGGUAUCCACAUUGUCCUAUUGUCCAUAAACCACUCUUCGACGCUCCUUCAGCCUCGUCGCCACUAUUGUGUGUUAUGCUCAUCAUCGGUGCUUGUCUCUCCCCACGGGAACGUGAUACAGAAGCUGCUCGGGAGUGGAUGGAUAGUACCGAAGAACUCAUAUUCAGCCACGAGUGUUUUAAAGACGAGACAACAGCUAAUCAAGCUACCGACAUAAGCAUGAAGGAAAAACUACAGCAUUUGCAGGCAUCAUAUCUAGUCUGCUCGCUUCAGAAACGAGAGGGAUCGGCCGAAGCACAGGUGAGAAGCAGGCGCCAUCGACAUGCUUCUAUGGUGGCGUUGACAAGGAGUAUUGGACCCAAGACAGCCUCUCACCGUGACCUCCAAUGUGACCAGACUUCAGAGGGCUGGUGGAGAGAAUUUGUAGAGAAAGAAGAACUAGUCAGGACGAUGACAUACAUAUUCUUGAUCGAUGCCGCGCUAACAAUUCUGCACAAUACACCUCCUCGAAUGGUAGUUUCCGAACUAAAAAUGGAUGUCGCAUGUCCUGAAUCAUGCUUCCAAGCUGAGUCUGCUCAAGAUUGCUUCAAAGAAUUGCGUGCUUGGGCACAGACUCGAUUUUGGAAGAACCGGAUAUCUGUGGUUUCAGUUGUCCGAAGAGUGUGUCAAAAGACAAUUGAUGAUGAUCUUGUCCAAGAAUAUUCUUAUCUAGGGACAUUCAACUUAUUUACAAUGGUUCAAGCAAUCCACUCGUUGAUGUUUCAUCUCCACAACUCCCUCGUCUUCAAGUCAACGCUAGCGCCUGUGCAAACAGGGCUUGAGAACUGGCAUCGUAUCUGGUGCGAGAGAGUUCCGGAGGAUGUCGGGUUGCCAGACACACCCGACAAUUUAUGGAAGCAAGUUGGGUUUCUUCGCCAAGCUUCUGAGUUCUGGCAGUUGGCUAGGAUUAUGGUGGACGAGAUUAAGUCAACUACGAACGAGUGCGAUGAUGAAAAUGAUGAAGAGGAAGAGAAGAGCGAAGCUCUCUCUCGAUAUGAUCACACAGAUAUGGGUGAUGUGAAUGGGCUUAUCAUGCAGUAUCGAAGAAUGAAUCUUGGUAUGAGCUAG